GUUUGAGAGUGGAACAUUACAGACAUGUCCGGGGAAAAGAGGACGUACGGUCACCCUAGUUUAAUAUAAAGCGGGAGAUUACAGAUACAGUAUUUUACUCGUGCCCUUGCUGCCCUGGGCCCUUUAGAGUUCGUGGGCCCCUGGCAAUUGCCCAGUUGCCCAUAUGGUUAAUCCGGCCUUGCCCACUUGCACUGUAAGUACAAUAAAACUUAAUGAUUAUCAACUGCAAUCUUGGAAAAUCAGUUUAAUGUUGCUCAUUUUUUUACGUACCUAUUUUUAUUCACUGUAAGGAAUCUGUGCUGCGGUUGCAACUGGGGGACAAUAAUGGGAGUUUCUAGUAAAUUUUCUUUUUUAAUUUUAAUGUCGGUUUUAAAACUUGUUCUGCUUAUUAUAAAUCACUCAAAUGAGGAUUUAAAAAGUUCAUCUUUAGUCCAUUAAAUGUUAUGGAGACAGACAAAAUAGUUCGCAAAUCUAAAUAAAAAUUUGUUGGAGAAAUAAACACUUCCGCCGUGGUUACAGCUACUUCCGGCAUCUAGUUUGCAGUCAAAUCGAAGUAAUAUUCAGUGUGAGCAGGAUGGAUCAGAGAGUGAGCAGCGAUCCUGCAUCAUGACCAGCUCAGAUGAGCGGGUCUGAUAGAGGGAACCUCUUCAAUCUGAUGAAAGCAGCAAAACGAGCGCGUUUCUCAGAGAGGCCAAAGGAACAGCAGCAGAUCCAGAGAGGGCAGGAAGUCUAGAGAAAAGCUUUUCUCACCCACAACCUGAUUCUGGAGCUCCGAUUGUCACGAAAACCGCAGAAUAUCUUCUCCGGUUCUGGAAAGAACUCCACCAAGUUGUUGAGGAGGAGAACGUUUCCACAGCCUGGUGAUGGUUUACAGCGCAGCUGCUUCUGAGGGAGCUUCUUCUUUCUCCUUUAUGGCAAAAACAACUGUAGCUGCUUUGCCGCCAUCUACCGGUCUGGAGCGAAGACACACAGCGUCGUUGCCAUAUUGGAUAGGUCUCUACGCUUCUAAAGUCAAUGCAGAGUCAUAAGCGAAAGUAAAUCUGACUCAGUAGAAGAAACGCGCCACGAGUUGCUUGUUUUGAGCUGGUGCCGGAGGAUGAAGACAUUUGUAGUGUCUCUGAUUCUCCUGCCAGUUUUCCAGGAUGCUUUGGGUGUAGAAGUGUUUGAUGAUGUAGAGUCUGUCCAGCUGCCCUGUCAGGUCACCGUUUCUACUUCCUCCGACUCUACGGUGGUUUGGAGUCGAGAGGACCUGAAGUUUUCAACCGUUCAUGUGCGCCAGCAGAACGGCGAUGACCUCGGAGAGCAGAACCAACGCUACAGCCGUCGGACAUCAAUGAGGGCGGAUGCGCUGCAGACUGGAGACUUGAGCCUGGUCCUGAUGAAACCAGAAGUCUCUGACAGCGAGAACUACACCUGCACCAUCCGCAGGUUUGGGAAAGAACUGGAGCAGAUCCAUGUGCUGUUGAGAGUUCUGGAACGUCCUCCGCUGUGGCCUAAAGUUGUAUCACCUGUGCUGGCCUUGCUAUUUGUCCUGGCAGUUGUUUCUGUGGUGAUCAUCUACUGUAGAUAUAAAACCAUAAAAUACAAUCCUGUCUACAAGCUGCAGCUGCAGAAGGCCGUGGCUGGUCAGGAAUCGGUUUCCCUGCCCUGCAAAACCAAAACUCGCCUUCCCCUGGAUGCUACAGUGGAGUGGAGACGCAUUGACACAGAUACAGUGGUCUACACGUAUCCAAACAAUGUACAACAUGACCACGCUCAACACGAGAGCUACCAAGAGUGCACAGAGAUGAUUGAGAACCCUUUGAGAACUGGAGACCUCACUCUGACUCUCCUUGGACCUUGUCCCAGCGACAGCGGUCUCUAUGUCUGCACGGUGCUAAAGGAAGGACGCAAACUCAAGCAGAAGAUCGUGUCUCUUACAGUGGAAGAGCAUUCAGUCCCAGAUGGCCCAGUUCUAGAUGACAGAAUAUGGGACUGGUUCAGAUCUGGGGGAUCCAGUAGGAGGAACAGUCUGAGACAGAGUCUGAAGAGCAGCGUCAAACAAAUUUUUCCUGGACCAGAAACUUACGAAGACUUCUAUGCUCCUGAGUCCAACAGCGGAGGAGCUACUUCCGUCAAAUCAGAUUUUGUCUGAAAAUGAAAGCGACAUAUGUUUUUACUCCAUAAAAGCUUUUUUUACACAUCAAUCCGAAUGCCUUCAUUACACAUUGAAAAACCAGUGUAAAACUGCUGCGUUUCAGUUCCACAAGUCACAAACAAGAAUUUGUUUAUUUUUUGGUAAAUGUGGUAAACAAUUUGUUUUUCUUACUUGAACAUCUAAUAAACGUAUUUAUUUGUUUACUUUG